GGAACUGCUCGGACUCUUUGGGCUCGCUCGGAAGCUCCGCCUCCCUAGCCGUGCGCCUCCCCUCCCCGCCCCACCGGGCCAGAAGCUUGCUCACCUGUUGACCGCCAAACAAGCGAGCCGGCGGCCCGGAAGCGACUCGUGCCUCUCCUCUCGAAUCGAACCGCGGCAGAGGAAGAAAACAAGAGCCCGUCGGCGGCUUUCGAGAGCAACAGGUCCGCGCGGGCUUUUGGAAGCCGCUUUGAAACGUCGCCCGAGCGGCGGCGCUCGUCGGUUCUUCUGCCCGAUGGAAGUCUCCGCGUCCGCCAUUUAAGCGAUGCCCCAAAGCGGCACGGAGAGUCCCGGGAGGCAGCGGGGUAACGGGCCGCCGUCGUCGCCGACGGCCCGCUUGGCGGGCGGCGCCGCCUCCUCGGGGGCGGAGUCGGACACGGAGAGCAGCGGCACGGAGAGCAAAAAGGUGAGGCGGACCGAGACCGACGCCGCUCGGGACGUCGCUCGCGCGCCCGCGCGCCUUGAACGCCACUUGCGCUUCAGGUGCCCGUUUCUCUCUCAGUCGGGUGUCAAAAGGACCGAGGCGGGCUCGCCCGGGGUGCUGUCGUCGCCCUCCGCGCUCCAUCAGCGAAUCGCCGAGCUUGACUGGCAGAAGGAAGAACUUAAGCUGGAGCUGCAGCUGGAGAUCGCCCUUCUGCAAGGCGAGCUGCGGACGGAGAGGACGCGGCUGCUCCGGCACACGCGCGAGCUGCGGGAGCUGCAGGAACGAGCUCGCACCGGGCCCGCCCAAAGUCGGCAACAAGAGCGCCGGCGUCUGGAGGAGGAGAGGCUGCGAGUGCUGGAGCUGAGGAGGAAAUGGCAGGAGAAGCGGGCGCUGAUCCCCGCCCUGCCGGGGAGCCACGGGGAGCGACUGGCGCUUCAGCUGCAGCACGAAAAAGAGGCGAUGGAGGCGGCCGUGCGGGCCUUUGAGGACUGGGAGUUUCGUGUUCUGGAGCAGGAGAGCGGCGUGGACGAGGGGCGGGCCGGUUCUGGCCAGGAAGGUGACGGCGAGGGCGGGGGCGGGGACCAAGAGACGAGAGCCAGCUUGGAGCGGGACAUCUCUUGCCAGCUGCUCGCCGUCGCCGCGGCACAGGAGCGAGUUCAGGUGCUGGAGACGCAGCUGAGAGACAUGGAGGGUGAGAAGGAGCGAGAGCUGGAAGCCUUAACCAGGCAGAAGAAGGACCUCCUGUGCUCCGCUCACACGGAGCUGCGCAAGGACUCGGGCAGCCUUCCCCGGCGACGGAGUUGGCACCGCAGCGGCAGAACCAAGGACAGGCCCGCGUCAGCCCAGGGCCUGGAACGGGCCCCGGCGGACGGCGGCCAACCCCGGGAGGCGCUCGGGUGCCCCUCUCCGCCACGCAGACUCCACGACGGGCGCGCCCGUGGCCGCGAGCGCCUCACGCCUGGCGACGGCGCGGCAAGCUCUCGCGCCGCCAGUCCGUGUCUGAUGAAUCUGGUGGCGAUGGAGCGCAAGUUGCGGGAAGCCACGGCGGAACGGGAGAGGCUGCUUCGAGAGAGACAGGAAGAGCGACAGCGAGCAUCGUUGAAGGAGAGAAUGCAGCGAGAGCUCAACUGGCCCAGGUCAGAAGCAGCAGAAGCAGACCAUCCGCACAGCCCGGAGCCACGAGAGAACCCGAGCGGGUCCCUGCUAAACCCUCCUGAGCGGCUGCCCCUGUCCCUGUCCCCGGACUUUGACCUGCGCACCCACGUGGAGUCUCUGGGUCACGGGGUGUCAGCUUGCACGGACCUGCGCCUGUCCUCGCGGCGCUGCGCCAGCUUCCUGACCAAGCGAGGCGGCCGUGUUAAGACCUGGAAGAAGAGGUGGUUCCUCUUCGACGUCGACCACCGAAGGCUGGCCUACUACACAGAUUGUGACGAGAGGAAGCUGAAAGGUGUCAUCUACUUCCAGGCCAUAGAAGAGGUUUAUUAUGACCACCUGCGCACAGCCGCUUCCUCGCCUCGGCCCAGCCUGACAUUCUGUGUCAAGACGUAUGACCGCCUCUUCUUCCUGGUGGCGUCCAAUCCGGUCGCCAUGAGAAUCUGGAUGGACGUCAUUGUCACAGCGACCGACGAGCAUAGCCGCUAUUGACCUUGAUGGCUGAGCGCUAACUCGAGAAGAAGAAGAAGCAGCAGCAGCAUUUGUUACUUUAGAAAGGAGGGAGGACUCUGAUCAGUCUGUUUCUGGGUACUUUGUCUCCCCCGACGCACCUCCGCCAGGCGUGACAGCUCUACGGGACCAAUAAAUAUAUGAACUUGCAAUCAAAAUUGGGUUGAUUGAAGUCCAAUUUAUACUGUGUGUGUGUGUGUGUGUAUAUACAGGACGUUUUUGCAAGAUUAAUUUAUUCUGUGGACUUUUGCCUGGAUUUGGAGAAACAGCCAUACACUGUUCUCAAUGCACUAUUAAAUAUGUCAAGAAAAAAUGUU